UUUGUUUCCAUUUUCUCUGUGGACAAGUUUGGAAGAAGGAUAUUGUUCCUCGAAGGUGGGAUUCAAAUGCUUAUUUGUCAGCUUGCUGUUGGAAUCAUGAUUGCUCUAAAGUUUGGUGUGAGUGGUGAAGGCUAUUUUACCAAUGGAGAAGCCAGUCUUCUCUUAUUCUUUAUAUGCGCAUACGUUGCAGCAUAUGCAUUGUCUUGGGGUCCCCUUGGGUGGUUGGUUCCUAGUGAAAUAUGUUCUCUUGAGGUUCGAUCUGCAGGUCAGGGCACCAAUGUUGCUGUAAACAUGUUAUUUACCUUUUUCAUUGCUCAAGUUUUCCUAACCAUGCUUUGUCACCUGAAGUUUGGUCUUUUCUUUUUCUUUGCUGGAUUUGUGCUUAUCAUGACCAUUUUUGUUGCAUUGCUCCUACCCGAGACAAGAAAUGUUCGAAUCGAAGAAAUGAACAAAGUUUGGAAAUCACAUUGGUUUUGGAGGAAAUUUGUUUCGGAUGAUGUAGUCAACAGUGGACAUCCUUGUGUAGCUUCAAUUUGA